CUACCAAGCUCUUUUCUUUUAGAGGAUGAAUGAGUAAAGGAGAAAAAUGGCUAUAGAGAGCUACGUGGUGGUUCACAAUAUAGCAAAGAGGCACAACGUCGGAACCCUAGCUAGAAGCGCCACCGCCUUUGGAGUCACCGAACUAAUCUUAGUUGGCCGCCGUGACUUCAACGCCUUCGGCAGCCACGGCUCCACUUCCCAUCUCCGUUUCCGCCACUUCCAUUCCCUCACCGACGCUCGCCUCUUCCUUAAAGAGAAAGAUUGUGAUAUUUGCGGGGUUGAGAUCACAGAGGACGCUGUUUCCAUAACUGAUCAUCCUUUCAAGAAAAGCACUGCUUUUCUUCUUGGUAAUGAGGGAACAGGGCUUUCAGCUAAGGAAUGUGAGAUAUGUGAUUUCUUUGUUUACAUUCCUCAAUAUGGAGGUGGCACUGCCUCUUUGAAUGUCACUGUUGCUGCUUCCAUUGUUUUGCAUCAUUUUGGAGUUUGGGCAGGUUUUUCAGAGAGAAUCCGCGAUGGGAACAAGUUUGUUGUGGCUGAGAAACCUUUAAAACAGGUGAGCCGAAAAUACUGCACAGAAACAGAUGAUCAUAUCAUUGAGGAGCGAAAAUCAAGAAGGGAAAGUGCUUCCAAUGGAUUCUUUGAGGAUGGAAAAAAUGGUGUAUCUUCUUCCAACCUUUUGGAUUCAUUGUUCCCUGAUGAGUGAUUGAAGGAUUUAAAUAUAGAUUUGACCCUGCAAACCAUACAAUGUUCACCACUAAACAUUAAAGGUAAUUUGGUUCAAUGGUCCAACCUAUUGAAAAUUGUUGUUAACAUGUGGCAAACAGAUUCUAGCUAACCAUGGACCAAAGUGAAGUUUGAUUAUUGAAUGAAGUUCCUCUGUGAAUCCAUGGAAAAGUUUGCAAAGGGACCCCUUUUCAGAGUGACAAUAAUUGAAUUUUGUGUUACUUAAUUGCUUUGGUUAAAGCAUCUUCUGUAAUUGUAAUGGUAUUUUCACAUUAUUGUUUUGUACUUUACAAUAAUUGUUUCUUUUUUUCUUGGGA